AUGGCUCGCCUAUCUAUGCUAUUCUCGCGACUCGUUGGGAAGCUGGCCCUCGAUGGGGAGCCUGGGGUGUCUGGGAUGCAACUUAUGCUCGCCAGCGAGGACCUCCAGCCUGUGCCCCGGGUCCAGCGGCGGUGGACCGGCUGGAACUUUGUCGGCUUCUGGAUCGCCGACGCCUUCAACAUCGCCACCUGGAUGAUCGCCUCGUCCAUGAUCGUCGGCGGCCUGUCGUGGUGGCAGGCGUGGCUGGCCGUCUGGUUGGGCUACGGCGCCACCGCCAUCUUCAUCGUCCUCACCGGCCGCAUCGGCGCCGUGUACCACGUCAGCUUCCCCGUCAUGGGCCGGGCGUCGUUUGGCAUCUGGGGGAGCCUGUGGCCGGUGUUUAAUCGUGUCGUUAUGGCCUGCGUCUGGUACGGCAUCAACUGCUACAUUGGCGGACACGCUGUGUACAUCAUGAUCCACGCCAUAUGGACCUCCUGGGAUCGCGACAAGAUCUCCAACACCCUCGGCAACGGUACCACAACGGCCGACUUUGCGUCCUUCAUCAUCUUCUGGCUCUGCUCGCUGCCGGCGCUCUGGUUCCCCGUGUACAAGAUCCGCCACCUCUUCACCGUCAAGGCCUGGUUCGUGCCGCCCGCCGCCAUCGCCUACCUCGUCUGGGUCGCCGUCAAGGCCGGCGGCAUGGGCCCGAUCGUGUCCCGUCCGGGGCGGCUGCACGGCGGCGAGCUUGCGUGGGCGUUCGUCAAGGGCGUCAUGUCGUGCAUCGCCAACUUCGCGACCGUCAUCAUCAACGACUCGGACUUUACGCGGUUCGCCCGCCGCCCGCGCGACGCGCUGUGGUCCCAGCUCGUCAGCCUGCCCGUAUCGUUUGCGUUCACGUCCCUGGUCGGCAUCCUGGUGUCGUCCGCGUCGGCGGUCAUCUACGGCGAGCCGGUCUGGGACCCGCUACAACUGCUGGAGAGGCUAUUCGAGGGCGCGGGCGCGGGAGACCGCUUCGGUAUCUUUGUGAUUGCCUUGGCGUUUGCCCUGGCGCAGCUGGGAACCAACAUCGCGGCCAACUCCGUGUCAGCCGGCACCGACAUGACGGCGCUUCUGCCGCGGUAUCUCAACAUUCGGCGGGGUAGCUAUAUCUGCGCUGCCGUUGGCUUGUCCAUAUGUCCGUGGGUGCUGCUGAAGGACUCCAACACGUUUCUGACGUACUUGUCUGCGUAUGCUAUUUUCCUGAGCGCCAUGGCGGGUGUCAUCACGACAGAUUAUUAUCUUGUUCGGAGAGGCUACCUCAAUGUUCCAGAGCUGUAUUCUGCGCGCAAGACCGGGCCGUACUUUUACUGUUUUGGCGUCCACUGGCGGGCAUACGCAGCCUAUAUCGCCGGUAUCCUCGUCAACGUCGUCGGCUUUGCGGGCGAAGUCGGCGCCACGGUGCCGAUCGGCGCUAUUUACCUUUUCAACGUCAACUUUUUCGGCGGGUUCAUCGUGUCAUCAGCUGUUUACUGGGUGCUGUGUAGAGUCUUUCCAAUUCCGGAGACAAGGAAGAAGUGGUCCGAAGUGCUCGAGAGCGACACCGAAAGCGACUUGCCAUCAGUGACGAGGUCUAGCUCGGAUGAACAGGUUGCUGUUAGCAUGUGGGCAAAAGGUACAUAG